GUUCCAGAAAGCCCUAAAAAAUCCUCUAUUUCUUCUUGUUUGAGUUUCAGUUCAGUUCAUGCACAAAACACAAACGCUCUUUAGCAACCAGUGAGCAGUAAACUUUCUACUUCUUUCGUAAAACAAAACAAAAGAAAAAAGUAAAGGAAGAGAAGAGGAGAGGAGAGAAGAUGUCGCUUCGAGUACUGAACCCAAACGCUGAAGUGCUGAACAAAUCAGCAGCACUUCACAUGAACAUUAACGCCGCCAAGGGCCUUCAAGAUGUUCUCAAGACCAAUCUAGGUCCCAAAGGCACCAUCAAAAUGCUUGUUGGUGGAGCCGGAGACAUCAAGCUCACUAAGGAUGGAAAUACGCUCUUGAAAGAAAUGCAAAUUCAAAACCCAACAGCUAUCAUGAUUGCGAGGACAGCUGUUGCUCAAGAUGAUAUUAGCGGAGAUGGCACAACUUCGACGGUUAUUUUUAUUGGUGAGCUUAUGAAACAAUCAGAGCGCUAUAUUGAUGAAGGUAUGCAUCCACGUGUUUUGGUUGAUGGUUUUGAGAUUGCCAAAAGAGCGACUCUCCAAUUUCUUGAAAAGUUCAAGACUCCUGUUGUGAUGGGUGAUGAGCCCGAUAAAGAGAUUCUGAAAAUGGUUGCAAGAACAACAGUGAGAACAAAGCUAUAUGAAUCAUUGGCAGACCAGUUGACUGACAUAGUUGCUAAUGCGGUGCUCUGCAUUCGGAAGCCCGAGGAAGCAAUUGAUCUUUUUAUGGUGGAAAUAAUGCACAUGCGUCAUAAGUUUGACGUGGACACACGUCUUGUAGAGGGUCUUGUUCUUGAUCAUGGCUCUAGACAUCCUGAUAUGAAGCGGCGGGCAGAGAACUGUUACAUAUUAACAUGCAAUGUGUCAUUGGAAUAUGAUAAAAGUGAAAUAAAUGCAGGCUUUUUCUACUCCAACGCAGAACAGAGAGAGGCAAUGGUUGCAGCUGAAAGACGUCAGGUUGAUGAAAGAGUCAAAAAGAUUAUUGAACUGAAAAAUAAGGUUUGUUCAGAUAAUGACAACUUUGUUGUUAUCAAUCAAAAGGGUAUUGAUCCCCCAUCAUUAGACCUUCUUGCUAGAGCAGGGAUAAUUGCCCUUAGAAGAGCAAAGAGAAGAAAUAUGGAGCGAUUGGUGUUGGCAUGUGGAGGAGAAGCUGUAAAUUCUGUUGAUGAUUUAACUCCUGAUUGUCUUGGUUGGGCUGGACUCGUAUAUGAGCAUGUCCUUGGUGAAGAGAAGUAUACAUUUGUAGAACAAGUGAAAAAUCCUCAUUCUUGUACAAUUUUAAUUAAAGGACCUAACGACCAUACAAUUGCUCAAAUUAAGGAUGCUGUGCGUGAUGGGUUGAGAGCAGUCAAAAAUACCAUUGAAGAUGAAGCCGUUGUAUUGGGGGCAGGAGCGUUUGAAGUUGCAGCCAGACAAUACCUAGUCAAUGAAGUGAAAAAGACUGUUCAAGGGCGUGCUCAAUUGGGUGUUGAAGCUUUUGCUGAUGCUCUUCUUGUUGUGCCUAAGACACUUGCUGAGAAUGCUGGGCUUGACACUCAAGAUGUGAUCAUUGCCCUCAAGGCGGAGCAUGACAGAGGGAAUGUUGUGGGAUUAAACCAGCACUCAGGAGACCCUUUUGACCCCCAGAUGGAGGGCAUCUUUGACAACUACUCUGUGAAGCGUCAAAUAAUAAACUCAGGGCCUGUAAUUGCAUCUCAGUUGCUAUUGGUGGAUGAAGUAAUUCGUGCUGGUCGAAAUAUGCGGAAGCCAACUUAGCUUGUUGAUGUACUUCAGCAUAUAAUUUUUGUCAUAUGGAGGUUCUCUAUUACUGUUCGGCUGUGUGUACUAUGGGUAGC